CUUGUGCGCAUCACCCACGCGAAGCUCAAAUCCACCACACCCCCGCAGAGACAUGAACGCUUGCACAAGAAGGUGCUACUACAUAACCUCCUUUGCAAUCUCAAGGACGAGAUGGACAGGGGAGAGUAUCGCACUAGCAGACUAGAUGCACACAUACAUACAGAGCAGCACACGCGAAAGUCCCGUGGUAUUCGCUUCCACACAAAGGUCGAGAGGUUUAUAUCUCCGAAUAGAACUAGUAAUGGAGCUAUAGAUGCAGAUGCUCGGAUACGUCAACGUCAACAACUACAACCAUCUACAAGCGCCGAACCUAUUUUAUACGGAGAUAUGGAGGAUGACUUCGACGUUUCAUAUAACAAUGAUAUCUACGAUGGAAGUAUAUUAGGCAACGAUGUAGUAGGCAACGAUAUAUAUGAUAGAAGUAUACUAGACGACAGUGGCGAGUUAGAGCUCAUGGACGAUUUCAUGCCAGCGCCAGAUUAUUUUGAUGAAGGCCUCGGAGAGGAAGACACAUACGAGAAGGGAUGUGUCAUGAAUACGGAUACAAACGGUGAGGAAACACACAUGAACAUGAACAUACACGACUCACACAUGAGAACGAAUACCUGUAACGCAAAUUCGUACGAGCAGCUGUCUGCUGCAGGUGAAGAAGAGGGGUCUGGUACGCACCAGCAGGCAGAGAUUAUGCACCUGGGUUUGGGCGCUUUGCUCGACCAGGACGAUGUUGGGGACACAUACACAUCCGACUACAGAGAGGCUACUACAGAGUUAGAAGAUACGGCGCGUGCGCAGUAUUCGCGCGAUUUGGCUGAUACACAUAUGGUCGUGGUCGAGGAUGACAAUGAGAGUAUAAAUACAUAUACGAGUAUACACACAGAUACAUAUACAGAUACACAUACAGAGACACGACUUGGGCGUGUUGGGCACAGAGCAAGCGUCGCUUGGGAUGGAUCUGGCAGGAGGCCCAGGUCUAAAUCCGCUCCAGGUGACAGCACCCACUACAAGAUGCGAAACAACCACACCACACCAACCACCAAGAAGUCCAAUCUCUCGAGACUAUACCACGCACCUACAGUCACAACCACAAUGGAUGCAGCGAAUAACACCGCAGCAUCACAGGCUGACUCACCAGCACAGGGCCCGCCUGAAGCGCAAGGGAUACUAGGCGUGUGCAAUUGGAGUGCGCAUGAAGGCGUGAGAGGGGAUUCAGAAGAAGCUGAUUCGACCAUGUGCAUGGGUAAAUCCGUCAACAAGUUGGACUGCGGCGAGUUGGGCAAUGCGACCCAUUCCAGCGUUGUUGGUGUCAUUAGGGCGAGUAGAAGGUUGGGUAGUGGCCUGGCGAACGAGGUGCAGAGGCCCUCUGAGCUGAAUUUCCUCGAGAUUAGUCAGGAAAAAUACGACAAAAACGACAAAUACAACAAAUACGGUAAAUGGGCUGCGACCAGAGUACAGACGAAUAGUCGCCUACCUGAACAGCCACUGACUGAACAAUAUCACACCGCAUUGCUUAAACAACACCUUCUAGAUACACUUCCUCUGGGCAGUGUGGCCGGUGCAGAGGAACACGAGCAACAGAUCACAGCAAAACAUACUACUAUAGCGCAUGUGCCUACUAGUGCACACACACACAGCUCAUCUAUCACACGAACCCAGUCACAACUACCGGUAGAUGCGCAGACCAAAUCGUCUUUUUCUCGCACACGCACGACCAAAGUAACACAAGCUCGGAUAUACAGUCUGACUCGUUCAUCUACAGGAACUCAGUUUGCAGGUAGAGCGCAAGUUGCCAUAGCAACGCCCAGUGCGCGGGUUGGCAGGCUCACCAGGCCCAUUCGCACCACCACGAAUCGUGCUAGACACAGGUUGAAUGAGUGGUGUGUGCGCAAAGCCUGCAGAGAUCCUCGCAAGAACAACAGAGACAGGUAUAUGCGGAAUACAAACACACACAAGAGGUCUAUGUGUUGGAAGGAGGCUACAAGCACGCACAAACAUCUGCACCCCGAGGCGAGCCCUGAUCGUCAGCUGGCAUCUGCGUACACACAUGUGCAUAGCAUGGAGCACGCAGAGAAAUUGGCGGACGCUGACGCCAAGACGCAGGAUAACCGAGAUGGUGCGGAAAUAACAAAUGGGCCCGUGCUGUACGAUCGGUAUGGUGUGAAGAUUACAUCUGCGCGUGUCUGUGUGGGGUCUACCGCUGUGGCGUUGCGAGUGGUCUUUGAUACUAGCGCACAACGACGCCCCGAGUUAAACUAUACUCAGAUACUGUACACUUGAAGCGGUGUUGUGGAGCGGAAGGAGGGGGGGAGAAGGUGACCAUAGCUGAGGAAAGCACGAAACGUAGCAGAGCGUAGCCGAGAAACUAAUAGAUGA